AUGUCUUAUCAGACAUCUGCCAUGGACCCCAAGCAUGCGGCCACCUAUCAUGGCGGCGGCGGCCACGGCCACCAGUACAGCGAGAACAUCGCUAGUGAUCCCGUUCACAACGCCAUCAGCCAGUUCCAGAACAUGACUCUUGGCCAUCCCGCCAUGGGCCAGAUGAAUACCGGAAUGCCGUACAUGGUACCUCAGACCCAGGAAGGCCCUUACAUGCUGGCUCACAUUGCUGCUGGACACAUUGGCCUUGACCACCUCGGACACCCCAAUCCUUACGGACAUGCCGGUGCCUAUCACAUUGCCCCCGUCGGCGGCUCUUAUGCUCCUUACCCCAUGAUGCCUUUCACACCUGGUCGUGCUGCUGCUCUCCAGGACCGCACCAAUCGUGCUGGCCACAGCGAGGCCCCUGGACUCGAGAAUCGACGUGGUUCCUACUCCACCAACGAGUCCACUCCUGCUACGCCCUUCUACCAGACCAUGGCUAAGCAUGAUCACGGUCCUCGGGUCGCCGUUCAUGACCGGUCGACAUACACGACCCCUUCGCCCCAGCAGCUUGGACCUAUCAAUGUAUUCCCUGACCCUGCAGUGAAGCAGAACGUCAUUGCCAUCCCCGUUGACCGCAACCUGGAUGAACUUCUCCGCCAGGACCCUCCGAUUCCCAAGGCUGUCCCAGCUGUCUUCACCCCCGCUGCGCAGAUGAAGUCGCUCGACCAAAGUCUGGAGAACCGCAUUCCCGGCAAUCGCAAUGUCUACAUUCGUGGUCUACAUCCCACCACCGAUGACGAGCUGCUCUUCCAUUAUGCUGCUCGCUUCGGAGAGGUUGAAACCUCCAAGGCGAUCAUAGACACUUCAACUGGUGCCUGCAAGGGCUUUGGCUUUGCCAAAUUCUAUGACGCCCGGGAUUCCGAAGUGUGCAUUCGUGGCUUCCAUCGCCUUGGAUACGAGGUCGGCUUUGCGCGUGAGUCGUUCAACUCUCGUCUUAAGGCAGAGGGCGAUGAGGGAUCGACCAACCUCUACAUCUCAAAUCUCCCUAAGAGCCUGACAGAAGUCGAGCUGGGUGCCAUUUUCAUGGGUUACACCAUCUUGUCCAGCAAGAUCUUGCGCGACAGCAUGGGCAACAGCCGCGGUGUUGGCUUCGCUCGUUUUGAAUCACGCGAUGUUUGCGACGAGGUUAUCAAGGAGUAUAAUGGCAUCGGCGUCGGCGACGAGGGUCUUUUGAUGAACAUUCGCUACGCCGAUACUCCCUCGCAGAAGGAGCUGAAGCGUGUGACUGCUGAGCGCCGCCAAUUCCGUACCAAUGAGUACAACAUCGGUGCCUACGGCACUCCUCUCGUUGGAAUGCAGCCCAACAUGUAUAAUCAGCCUGCAUGGAAGCGCUCCAUCCCUACCUCGUCUACUGCGACCUCGGCCCAUCGUAGCCUUCAAGGCAUGGAUCGCAGCACAGAUCGUGAUGUCUCGUCAUCCGGCUCUAAGAACCAUGAUGCUGGCAGUGUUCAGGGACAUGGACAGGCCCAGUCUGCCGCCGAGGCCACCCUGGUCGCGAUCGCCUCCUCCGAGGAUGGCAACGAGCUCGCCACGACGCCUGCCAAAUCCAAGACGAUUGUCAACAGCACGCAGUCAUCUCCAGCCGUCAAAAGAUCGUGA